AUGAUUUCUUUCUGGAAGAAUUUGUUUCAUCGCAAGAAGGCUUUGGGCUCAUUAGAAGCACCUCCACCAUACAAUAACACAAAUCCUAAAUUCUCUGCAGCUGCCGAAACCUCCGCCCAAUGGCUUAUCCCCUCUCAUAACGUGAAAGCUCAAUCCUCCGCGGCUACCCAAACCAAUCCAGGUACCCCAUCGUCUACAUUUCCGCCUAUUCAUAUACUCACAACGAACACUCGUCCGAGUAUUACCUCGCAAAGCAUUCCACAAUGGAAUUGGAACCACGCUGAAUGUCGAUUAUGGAUAUUCAAAAUGUUGACUGAUAAGUGUGGUAGAUCAGAACAACAUUCCUACGAGCUGGCCAUGAUGUGGGAAGGCUUUGGCCCGGCAUUGUUUAUGACUGAAUAUAGUACAUGGCAGAAGUGGUUGGGGCCAAAUGAUGGAAUAUCAAUCCAUAGUGUUAUUAUUGAAAACUUGCGGUCAGAGGGAGCUGUACCAAGUAAUCUAGCAAUUCAGACUGCUAUGCCUUUCGAAUUUAUCAAUAAUUCAAGAAUCAAUCAUGCAGUCCGAAAACGCAUCCGGAGUCACGUCGCUUUGGGAAGGAAUGCUGGAAAGAAGCUCGUCCGACCGUCUAGAAUGAAAGCAACUGGAAUGAAACGUGUAUUCACUUCGGCUUGUAUAAAUUUGAGAAGUGCCCAGAUUGGCUCGGGUCAUCUAGAACAACAGGACUCGGAGGAGAAUACCACUUAUGAGAUCGAACGCCAGGUUGGGAAUAUCAUUUCUUGUCUUCCAUUUCCAGAUCACGUUUUCAAAGACAAGCAAAUCAUUCAGAGAACUUUUGCAUUCAUAAGCAGUAUAGGAUACCCCGCGGAAUUGAGCAAAGCUUUUAUUAAAACUCAGACAUCUACUUCGAUAUUCGUCCAGUUCAUGCUUUUAGACGAAGCAUGUUUACACUGCGGUGUAGCUGUGUCAGUCACGGCUCUCAAUAACCUCAUCCUAAAUCAGGAAGAUCCAAAGAUAGCUAUGCAUCAUCUUUCGCUUGCAUUUCGCUUGAUUAAUGAGAAACUAUCUGGAAAAGAGGCCGUAGCUGAUACUACCAUUGCGGUUGUGUUGACUAUGUCACAUUAUUAUAGGUUGCAGGGUCAAUUCAGUCAAGGCCUUGUACAUAUUCAAGGACUCGAAAGGAUGGUUAAGAUGAGGGGUGGCAUCUCAAAUCUUAAAAGGGAACAGUACACUCUUGCUCAAAAAAUAUUCAGGGCUGAUCUCGAAUAUUCUCUCCAUUCGGGCGCCUGCACACGAUACAAUGUUCAGGACAUUGAAUCCAAUGAUACGUUCUGCGCAAGUGAGAGUAGGAAUCUAGAUUUCUACAAAAACAAGGCAAUCUCAUGUGCAUUAGUUUCAUUACCACUGAGCACCGAUCUCCUUGUUCUUCUGGUAGAUACUAUUAGUUUCACUCUGUUGCUCAAUGAUGCCAUUGUCGGAAGAGCUCCCCCUUUGGCUGGUCACAAGCUUCACAACACGCUUCUUCUUCUUGGAUAUCGUCUUCUCUCCAUGUGUCCUUUAGGAGAUUGUCGUCCUAAGAACUCUCUGGAGAAUGCAAUUCACUUAGGCCUGGCGUCAUUCAUCUCAACAUUUAUGCGUGGACUCGAUGGGAAAGUCCCAGUCAAUCCAUUGUUGGCUAAUUUGCUUAGAUCUUCUACACAAGAACUUUCUAAAAACAAAUAUGGAUCUCCAGAGGCAUUACUCUGGUUAUUGCUUAUAGGGAAAGCCUCAAUCUUCGGAAGUCUUGAUGAUGCUUGGCUAGCUUUGGAUAUAAGCCAAACUAUGCAAGUUCUCAAUCUUCAAGGUCAUACUGAUGUACAACAAAAGCUGGAAAGCUUUCCUUGGAUCUAUGCCUUGCACGAUAAAGAGGUCAGUGCAUUACUGCAAUCGAUUGAAGGGUCUCAUUCCGAUGCUUCGACCACUUAG